GACAGCUACUUUACGAGAAAUUGAAGAAUUAAAAGCCAGUGUAUCUAAGUUAAAACUACCAAAAGAACAUACACCACGAAUUUAAAAAUCUAGUAUAAAAAUAUGGCAGACAAAAUAAAAAAAUUCUUUGCCAAAAAAAAGGCAGACGCUAAAUUUAAGUUAGCUGGUCCAGGACAUAAAUUGAGUGAUUCAUCGACUACAGUAAUAGGUCCCAGUAAACAAAACAAAAGUUCAUAUGCUCCGAGUAAUGUGGCACCUAGUGAUGCCGCAAGACAAGCGGCGGAAGCUGCAAUGGUUAGACUUCAGGCACAGAAGAAAGAUACUGCUUUCAAUACAUCAUUCGCAGCUAUACAAGCUAAAGUGAGAAGAGAACUUGAGGCAGAAAGUAAAAAUAAAGAUGAACCACAGGUACCAAGAUCUUCUACAAAAGUUGGGGAUGAAAUAGAGUGUUCUCAACAUUUAGCAGUGAAAGGUGUAUUCUACAAAUGUCCAUUAAUUAGUGAUGAAAUAUUGACCAAAGAAGAAUGGAAAGUGAAAAUUAAAGAGUUUUUGUUUAAAACUCUUGAAGAAGAAAAGGGAAUGACAUCUGUAUUGAUAAUAUAUUCUUGCAAUUAUGUUAGAACAAAGAUCACUGAUUGUGUGAAUAUAUUAGUGAGAUAUUUGGACAACAUAAUAGCAAACCCAGAAGAAACCAAAUUUCAUAAAAUUAGAUGCUCCAAUGCGACUUUUUGUGAUAAAGUGUUACCAGUUUUGGGUGCUAUAGAAUUUCUAGAAGCAGCUGGUUUUAGACAACAAGAAUUAGAACAUAAUGGAACACCAGAAGAAUUCUUAGUAUGGUCAAAAGAGAAUAUUGAUGGGUUGGAGACGUUACAGUUUUUAAGAGAUACAUUAAAAGCAGAAGAAAGAGUUGAGCUGGAAAUUGAUAGAAAUCUUCAAGUUUUGUCUCCAGCUCAAGCAGCAAAUAGAAUAGAAUUGCCACAAGAAUUCUAUGCUUUAACUGUUGAAGAAUUGAAAAAAGAAAGGCAACAAAAGUCUGAACAGGUCGAGAAGCAAAUGCAAUUAAGAACUAAAGCAAUGAGAGAGAAAGACGAAAUUCGAGAAAUCAGAAAAUAUAAAUUUUGUCUUAUCAGAAUUAGAUUUCCCGAUGGACUGUAUCUGCAGGGGACAUUUUCCGUUUAUGAAAAGUACUCUGAGGUAUUGGAAUUUGUUCAAGAAAAUCUGGAACAUGAAGGCUUACCCUUCCUUCUCACUCUCCCUACAGGUCACAAACUGAAUGAAGGUGACAAAAAAAGUACGUUAGUGGAUCUCCGUCUAGUCCCCGCCACUAUUCUUUUAUUCCAGUGGGAUCCCACCGUCGAAGAUGAUCUCAAAGCUAUUGGUAACACGGCUUAUCUUAAACCUGAAGUUAUGUUACUAGUCCAAUCGAUGUAAAGUAAACUUCGAUUUUUUGGUUGAUUAUUAAAUAGCUUCUUUUACAAAAGGGAAGGAUUUCAGAUUUUUUUUCGUUCCGUUAUGAAGCAUUUAUAGACAGGAUUCAAUGAAAACAUUUAAGCAGUGUCGGUUAUUAGUUUUUGUCAUUUUUGUUUAUACAAAUUGAUUCCAUUAUAAUCGGUGUUUUGGAAAUCAUGAUUAAUUUUUUAUAUACAGUGAAACCUGGUUAAUUGUGAUCUCAAAGAACCAAGUAUUUUAUACUAUAGUUUUCAGAGCAGUACCAAAUAAUAUAACUUUUACAUGUGUUACAUUUGAUAAAAUAUUACAUUGAGUUACUGAGAUAGUCGAACUGUCCUGUUGAUUAUGUUUGCAUUGAUGUUGCAUAUGAUCUGUUUUUGGCAACCAGACCCAAAUUACAUUGUUUAACAUCUCCUGUAUUUUGUUAUUAAAACAUAUUUAAGAUUAUUAAAAUUAUAUAUAAAUAGUUUUAUCAAAACUGCUGUUAUAUCAUGAGAAAUAUUUUCCUUUUACAAAAUAUAUGUACAUUUUUAUUGUUAAGCUAAUUAUUUAUAAAAUAAAGCCUAGAAAAAAUA